AAUAACUUGCCACCGAUAACAUCAAAUCAAUAUUUCAACAAAAUGUGCACCCAGGUACUUUCGCUAUCCCAUGACAGUCAUGUGCCGAAGUCACAACACGGCGAGAAGUACUAGACAUUAGAACACAAGUGGCGUCUUUGGACGAACAGCUAAUGCCCAAGAAUGAUGCCAGUAAUGCACCAGUGUUGCUAUGGUUACAAGGUGGCCCAGGAGGGACAUCUUUGUUUGGGUUGUUUAAUGAACAUGGCCCGUUUUAUUUGACAGCUGAUCUCAAAUUGAAUCCAAGAAAAUUUACCUGGACUUCUAAGUUCUCCAUGCUGUACAUAGACAACCCAGUAGGGACUGGGUUCAGUUUUACUGAUGAUGACAAGGGCUAUGCCACCAAUGAAGAGGAUGUAGCUGAUAACUUGUACAGUGCACUUAUCCAGUUUUUCACAGUUUUCCCAGAAUUCCAGAAAAAUGACUUUUAUGCAACGGGAGAGUCGUAUGCAGGGAAAUAUGUCCCAGCUAUCACCUACAAGAUCCACAUGAUGAAUCCCACAGCAAAGACCAAGAUCUACCUCAGAGGGAUGGCCAUUGGAGACGGACUCUGUGAGCCAGAAACUAUGCUGCCAUCUCUAGGAAGUUUCAUGCUCAAUACUGGCCAGGCAGAUGAAAGCCAGCGCAAAUACAUAGAUGGAGCCACUGCCCAAGCCGUUCAGUAUAUUAAACAGCAACAGUGGAUCAAGGCCUUUAAUGUGUUUGAUAUCCUUCUAAAUGGAGACACAAUUCCAUAUCCAUCUUACUUCACCAAUAUCACAGGGUCCACAUUUUACUACAACUACAUGCUGAUGAGG